AUGCCGGUGCUCGCAGUGCUGCUGCUGCUGGCCCUCACAGCAUCUGUCCGGCUCCACGCCGCCGCAUCGCCCGCUUCCAUUGUGGCGGUUGCCAAUCGGGACGCGGAGGGCGCCAUCGUACUGGACGCGGACGAGGCGCACAAUUUCCAGCCAAGCGCCGCCGCAUGCCGUGACAGCUGCCUCAACACCACCGGUUGCAAUGUGUGGGUAUGGUGUGCUGCCGCGAGUGGCUGUGCACCGGGCGGCUCCUACACCAAGGAGCCAAGGAGGUACCAACAGUGCUGGCUCAAGUACGACACGCCGCCAAAACAAGGUGCAUCCACCCGUGGCAAGUUCCCCCGCCCCAAGAACUCGGCUGAUACGGCAACUGGCUGGAUGAGCGGCACCACAGCCGCGAACUUCACCGACAGUGCGCCCUUCCCCGAGAAGGGCUACUCGUGUAGUUGCGUCUCCACCUACCAGUAUGGCGGCUACAAUUUCGAGGGCAUGUGCGCACACAUUCAGGACUAUGGUUCUGCAUUUAUCGUCCCCAGCAACUGCCGAGAUGCGUCGAAUGGUUUGCAGGGGUGCUCGGGCUCUCAGCCCUGCACUGUGCUGCUGGACACCGAUCUCAACGAGACCUCGAUACUUACCUCGGGAGAGGGUAACAGCGCCGACUCGGCAGAGGACUGCUGCAACCAGUGUGCCAGUACCCAGGGCUGCAACUUAUGGACCUGGUGUGUUGAUCCAUCGGGUUGCAGCGGCGAGCGGUACCGCUUCCGCCAGUGCUGGCUCAAGCAAGCCGACCCCAAGAACCCGCAGCCCAAGAAGGGAUACGGCGGCAGUCCCGGAUGGAUUAGCGGCGAGCAUCAUCUACUGCAGCAGGAACAGCAUGUCUGCUCCGUGACGGUGGAACAACCGGAGCCGCUGCUUCUACGCCAACGCCAGCGGCAGCAAGAGGAUGGGCCCCGUCAAGCACACGAGCAGCAGCAGCAGAACCUAGCGGGGUACAACCACACAUCUUGUGCAUCGCGUCAGAGGGUGCUGCGGCGUUUCGGUCGCCUUCUGCGGAUCAUGGGUAGUCAAAUUCGGCCACAGGGUCCUGGCGAUAACGACAGAAACUUGCUGGAGCGCGUCCUGAACAUGUUGACCUGCGGCAUGUUUUUUCAGGCCGGCGGCAAAAUCGUGCGGCUUUGCCGUUCCUUUGCUGCUCGGCGGUUUGGAUGGGCUUUUAUGGUGGUCGGCGCGGUCGCGACCGUCUACCACGGUUCUUGGGGCCGCAUCCGCCCGAUCGCACGCAAGGCGGACUAUUAUGCUAUAGCCGCGUCCAGCUGGCUGCUGCGGCGGGCGGUUGUUGGAGCUGCACCCCGCUGGCAGGUGUUGCUGAUGCUGGCGGUUGCUCCAUUCAGGCCCACUCUUGUCUCCAGCUCCAACUUCGUUGCUGUUGAGGACAUGCCGCCGCUGGCUUGGUUUCCGUACACGCACGCUGCGUUCCACUUGCUGUCUGCCGCGGCCUUCAUGACGCUGCCCUCGGCACUGAACCACUUGACGACGGAGCCUCUGGUGCACCGGCGCAUGUGCGGGUCUCUGCAGACUGGUAGUCCCAGGACCGGCAUCCCCGGUGGGCCUUGUGCGCACUGCGGCACUACGGAGAGCCCCCAGUGGCGGCGGCCGCUCACCAAGAAGGUGGUGCUCUGCAACGCCUGUGGCAUCUACUUUAGCAGACACCACUCAUUGCCUAAGAGAAAGAAGCAAAUCCACGCCAUGAGCAGCUCGCCCGCAGCUCUACGCACCAGCAAGGCAACACCAACGCGGGCGCCGUCGCCAGCCAAGACAGAAACGCUGACGUGCGAUAUUUUGUGCGAUGAGAAGCUAGAGCACAUCAUCCGGCUGUCCAGGACGAGGGUCCGGCCACCGCAGCGCUCCAGUGUGGUCCAGCAGUACGGGAGCGCGCGGUGCUGUCUUUGCCGUUGA